AUGUACGCUCUUGUCGACCCAGUAUUUCAAGACUUGAACGAGACCUCAAGAUUUUACGUUGAUAUAUUCAACCGAUUGAGUGUCCGUUGUCUUGCGCUUUAUGAUGCCGUCAAGAACCCCUACCGAGAAUUAAUCCCCUAUAUCAACGGCUCCUCCGUAUUAGCGGAUUCUCUGGCUGCUAUUGGCGCAAUACAAUUUGCAUACAAGUCUGACAAUCACGGACAACUUCUUAUUGACGCAGCAGCGGGCGAUGAAACAUCAUUUAAAGCUGGAAUGACGCUCAUGAAGUUCCGUGACUCCCAAGCAUACGAGCAUUUCUUACGACUAAAACAGCGCGCUCUUCAUCAAUUAUCCGCAGAAGUGUCGCAUCCCCUGACACGUAUUGAUGACCGGACCGUCGCAGCUAUGUUUGUGCUGAUACUGCUUGAUGUGAUUGAGUCGGGCAACACGUCAUGGAUGUACCACCUCGAAGGCGCGAAGAAUAUCUUGAGAAGCAGGUUUUCGGAUAGCAAUAGAGUCCCUUCUACAGACGGGAUUGAUGCAUUUGUAGUCGAUGCUUGCUUGAUUACAGAGAUUAUGGGCUCAACACUCGCUCGACCGGGUGUCUUAUCAAGACCCUUCUAUUCACCAAGUAUGGGUUCGGCCAUGCUCAAACGUCUGGAAAAGACCUCCUGGGUCGGCUGCCCUGCCUAUCUCUUGGACGUUAUAUUCUUCGUUCAUGCACAGCGUUACUCUGAAACGGGCGAGACAGCAGAGUACUCCCUGUCAUUCUUGACGCCAUUCGGAGAAGUGACACGAGCUGAGUCACCCCUCGCGGUCCUGCGACACAUCGAUGCCUUUGACGCCGAUGUAUGGGCCGAGGAAAUGCAAUCAUACUUGACUCUAUCAGAUCUCUCCCAACGUCUCGCGCUCGCCCGCGCCUACAAAGCCGCAGUCUAUCUGUAUGCGCGAAGAGUCCUCUCCCGAACAACCGCUUUCGCAUCCGACUGCGCCGUGACAGAUUUCUCGACAUCUCCUCUGCAACCUCGCAAAACGGUUGAAAACGAACUAAUACAGAACCUCCUCCUCAUCCCACCCGAAGACGAACACUUCAAAUGUCUCAUAUGGCCUACUUUCAUUGCCGGUGCAGAAUGCACAUCCCGCGAACAACGCUCAAUCACACUACGACUCUUAGGUCUCUUGUGGAAUGGAUUCUACAGUUUAAAUUUGCAGAAUGCUGCUUGUGUAUUGAAGGUUAUGUGGGAUAAGCAGGAUGAGCGACUGCAGGCCACUGCUUUAGAGGAAGAUGUGGAUGAUGAAGGGUUUGAUUGGAUUCAGGAACUUGAUCGAUCGAGUACGGAUUGGCUGUUUAUAUAA